AACUACAAUGUUCGCUAAGAUCGCCGUCAUCGCCGUCUGCGUCUUCGGCUUCGCCCAAGCUGGAGCUCUAGUUGGCUAUGGCGGACUUGGCUACGGCGCUGGACUUGGCUACGGCGCUGGACUUGGCUACGGCGCUGGACUUGGCUACGGCGCUGGACUUGGCUACGGCGCUGGACUCGGCUACGGCGGUUACGGAGGGUUGGGCUACUCUGGCUACGCCCCGGCCACUUCAUACGUGCACCGCGUUGACUACAACACUGACCACCACGAUCAUGGUGGCUACGGAGCUGGCUACGGUGGCUACGGAGCUGGCUAUGGCGGCUACGGAGCUGGCUACGGUGGUUACGGUACUGGCUACGGCUAUGGCGGUUAUGGUGGUUACGGAAACGGUCUCUAUGGUGGUUACGGCGGAUGGUAAUUCAAACAGAUAAACGAGGUGGUCAAAAAACGAAGUUUCAUCAAU